CGGCAGUCCCUGCUUAUACAGCCCUGAGCACAAACGGGGGACUCAGGGCCCAGCAAGAGUGGGAAUUCACAGGAUGAAGCCCUGAAAAUGAGGGGGACAGAGCCUGCUGGGUGCAAAUCCCUACCUUUGAGGUUUAUGUGACCAAGGAGGGAAUGCGAUCCCCUGCUCAGCCUCUGUUUGGUGCCCACAGGAGAGACUGGCUGGGGAUGCUGCAGAAGGGCUGGGCAGAGGCCCCCUCAAAGCAGGAGGCCAGCAGUGCAGGGCUGCAGGGCGUACAGGCUGUGGAGGGCGCCCCUGCCCAGAGACCACUCCCACGCCCCUGUCAGCUGUCUUUUGGGCUGAGGCCGAACAGCAUGUUUCUGACGGCAACUUUGCUUCUGGGGCUUGCUGUCCUGGGCAUUCGUGUCUGGGCCAUUCAAAUGGAAUUCGUAGACAUUAGUAAGGACCUCGAUUAUUUUGUGGUGUCUGUGGAGUUCGCCGUGGCUUGGUUCAAUAGUGGCAAUACCGAGGAGCAGGCCUACAAGCUGCUGGAGGUGAGGCGAGCCCAGCAAAAGAGCUGGACAAUGAUAUAUUUAAUGGACCUGGACCUGGGCCGCACAAUUUGUAAGAAACACGAUGAAGACAUUGACAACUGCCCCCUGCAAGAAAGCCCAGGAGAGAGAAAGGUGAACUGCACUUUCAUUGUGGACUCACGGCCCUGGUUCACCCAGUUUACCCUCCUGAAUAGCACCUGCCCCCAGAUAUAAGGGAACGAGCUCCGGACUCCCACCGUACGUCCUCUUCCCCUGAAGACUGAGGGUCUGGAGUUCUAAGUCUGCAUGGCACCAGGUCAAUUAAAGGCAUCUCAAGCAC